UCCCGCUUCUUCAAAAAUAAACACACACAGCCAAUACAAUCCAAAGUACUUAGAAGGAUAAAGUAAAAGGGUACAUAACAUGGGUAUGGUAUGGAUAUAUGGAUAGAGAGAAAGGGAAAAAGGUGAGAGUCUAACAGUGGAUGAAGGUGAGAUAUACCGGAGGUGAUGGACACCCCUCAGAAGACCCAGAUCAGUACUCCACUCUCUAAAUUUGAGGAUUCCCCUGUCUUUAACUAUAUCAACAGCCUUUCUCCAAUCAAGCCAGUCAAGUCCAUACAUGUUACUCAGACGUUCAAUCCACUAAGCUUUGCUUCCCUUCCAUCUAUCUUCACUUCGCCCCAUGUGAGCCUUCACAAGGAAUCUAGAUUCCUUAGAAGUAAUAAUCGUACAGAUCCAUCGAAAACUGAUUCUCAAGAGGGCAACAAAUUAAGUACAGAGGAGGAGGUUGCUAUAGAUGGUGCUCAGCUCUGUGAUAACUCAGCUGUAUUGCAGGAAAGUUUUGAUCCUGGGGUUUCAAUUGGAGAAGCUUCUCUCGAGCUUACCAAUGAAUCUUCGAGGUUUGCAAUUGAGAUCCAGAGUACCUUAAAAUAUGAUUGUGGGAGUCCCAUCUGUGACCCAGUAGCUUAUGUUACUGAGACAAAGUGCGGCUCAGUUGUUCCAUUUGCUCAAGGUACUUCUGAAAAAGGUGUAUCUGAAGAUGGAGUUAAUUUAGAUGGUAUAUGCCAAACUUAUCAAAAGAGGGAAACUACUGGCUGCGACUGGGACAAUUUGAUGUCUGACACUGCUGAUCUACUAAUUUUCAGUUCCCCCAAUGAUUCAGAGGCUUUUAGGGGGCUUUUUCAUAAGUCUUUGGACUCUGGUGCUAGAUUUUGUACUUCUCUUAUUUCUCAGUUCCCACAAACAAUUGAACAACAAAAACAUCCUUCCCUGCAAACUGAAGAAGCUGGUGAACUGAUGACAACAAACCAGACACAGGACAUUGUAGAGAAUAAGUGCAGAGCAAGCAGUCCCGCUGAUAAAGUUGAUAAUGAGUCUGUUUCUAACUUGUAUCGUGGACUAAGAAGGCGCUGUCUGGACUUUGAGACACUGGGAGCACGGAGGUUGAACUUAGAUACUGGCUCAAAUUGUAGUUCUUCUGGAGACAAACAAUUGGUGCCUGUGAAGCCUGGGAGUGACUCUUUACGAUGCGUUUUACCAGGCAUCGGUUUGCACUUAAAUGCCCUUGCAAUCACUCCAAGGGAUUCCAAAAAUUUCAAGCAUGAAACAUUAUCUUCUGGGACGCAAAAAAUAAGUUUUCCAAUCCCCACUGCCUCCAUUCUUCCUCUUACAACAGGUCAAGAAGCUUUUUUUGAAUCUUUGACUUCAGCAUCAGCUGAAAGAGAAAUGGACCCUGCUGAAAAUGCAGUUGAGCUAGCAGAAGAUGCCUCUCAAGCAUCUCCGGAUUUAGUUAAUGAAGAGUUCAAUCAGAACAGUCCCAAAAAGAAGAGGCGGAGGUUAGAAUCUGCUGGAGAAGGUGAGGCCUGUAAGCGUUGUAACUGCAAGAAAUCAAAGUGUUUGAAACUCUACUGUGAAUGCUUUGCUGCUGGUGUAUACUGCAUAGAGCCAUGUUCCUGUCAAGAUUGCUUUAAUAAGCCCAUCCAUGAGGAUAUGGUUCUUGCAACUCGUAAACAGAUUGAGUCUCGCAAUCCUCUUGCAUUUGCUCCCAAAGUGAUUAGGAACUCUGACUCAAUACCUGAAAUUGGGGAUGAACCCAAUAAAACUCCAGCUUCAGCACGACAUAAAAGAGGAUGCAACUGCAAGAAAUCAAGUUGCCUUAAGAAAUAUUGUGAAUGCUAUCAGGGUGGUGUUGGAUGCUCCAUCAACUGCAGAUGUGAAGGAUGUAAGAAUGCAUUUGGUAGAAAAGAUGCAGAAACAGAGGGGGAACCAGAAGAAGAAACAGAGAAUUGUGAAAAGAGUGGUUUGGACAUAACUUCACAGAAAUCAGAAAUCUUCAAUGAUGAAGAGCAGAAUCCAGUUCCUGCCCUUCCAACCACACCACUACAGCUCUGCAGACCAUUGGUUCCACUACCAUUUUCAUCAACUGGUAAACCACCACGUUCAUUUGUGACAAUUGGAUCAUCAUCCGGGUUGUUUAGUGGUCAAAGAUAUGCAAAACCUAACAUUCUCCGGUCUCAAACCAAGUUUGAGAAACAAUUCCAAACUCUUCCAGAAGAUGAAAUGCCCGAGAUUCUUCGAGGCAGUUGCUCCCCUAGCACUGUUAUCAAGACGACUUCUCCUAACAGUAAGAGGAUCUCUCCUCCUCACUACGAUCUAGGGUCAUCAGUUAGUCAUAGGAGUGGGCGGAAGUUGAUAUUGCAGUCAAUACCUUCAUUCCCUUCCUUGACUCAGCAUUGAAAUAAAAACUUCUUGUGAGUCCUCAGAUAAAAUUUUUUUUUUUUUCAAUCCAUGUUGCAUUGGGAGUUGUUGACUUAUAUUUCAUUGUCAUAGUUGUAUAAUAAAAUCGAAAAUCUAGCUCCAUAAUGUUCAACUUCAACUACUCAUGUAUUAUAUCUUUUUUCCUUGUUUUGUAAAUUAUCUAUAAUUCUUACAAACUAUCACUCUCAACUGCUUUACUCUUAUAAAUUUUCAUAUUUUGG